AUGCCAUGUGAAGGCUGCGCGGAGAGGGACAAUGCGAGCACUGGCGCAACCAUGGAGUUCCUCCUGCUCGGCUUCUCCGAGCUGCCCCAUCUGCGGGUCCUGCUCUUCCUCACCUUUCUCAUUGUUCAUUUGGUCACGCUGGCAGGGAAUACGAUGAUCUUCAUGGCGGUGGUGAUGGAGCCCUCACGUCCCCCCAUGCUUUUCUUCCUCGGCCAGCUCUCUGCCGUGGAGCUGUGCUACACUUUAGUCAUCGUGCCCAAGGCGCUGCUGAGCCUGGCGGCGGGCGGCAGCCCCAUCUCCGUGCUGGGCUGUGCCGCACAGAUGCACCUCUUCGUGGCCCUCGGCGGGGCCGAGUGCUUCCUGCUGGCCGCCAUGGCCUACGACCGCUACGCGGCCGUGUGCCAGCCCCUGCGCUACGCGGCCCUGAUGGGCGAGCGGCUGUGCCUCCGCCUGGCUCUCGCCUGCGCCCUCGGAGCCUUCGCCGUCGCCCUGGGCUUGACGGCGGCCGUGUUCCGCCUGCCUUUCUGUCGGUCCGGCCGCAUCGACCACUUCUUCUGCGACGUGCCCGCCGUGCUGCACCUGGCCUGCGCGCAGGGCUACGCCGCCGAGCUGCCCCUGCUGGCGGCCUGCGUGCUCCUCCUGCUGCUGCCCUUCCUCCUAAUCCUGGCCUCGUACCUCUGCAUUGCGGUGGCUCUGUUAGGCGUCGCCUCCCCUGCGGGACGGGGCAAGGCCUUUUCCACCUGCAUCUCACACCUGGCCAUCACCUUUCUGCACUACGGCUGUGCCACCUUCAUCUACGUUCGUCCCAAGUCUAGUUACUCACCGGCUCGGGACAAGGUGGUGUCUCUGGUCUACACCAACGUUACUCCUUUCAUGUAUCUCCUCAUUUAUAGCCUGAGGAGCAAGGAAAUCAGAGGGAUCCUCAGGAAAAUGCUGAGGAGGAAGAAAAUAGGUGAACUGGGAUACUAUCAGAGUUGUGAUGUGUGCGUGUGUGGUAAAUUUUAG